UCUGUCCACCCCUCUUCCCCAAACUCCCUACUUCCUCCUUCGCUGAAUCAACCUGAUAGCACAUGCAAAAAUGGACUUCGAUCACCUCGCGGAAGAGAAAUCGAAUCUGAUCUUUCAAGUGUGGCUUCAGAAUCUACUGAGGAACUCACCCGAGGAGCUGGCGGGGAAGGUAGCUUCCCGCCAUCGUGCUGGCACACCUGUAAAAGCCGCGCCGCUUGCCAAUGGCGCUUUCAAUAUCUGUUACCGUGUUACCUACGAUGACGGUCAUCGUGUCGUGGUGCGGUUUACUGCACUUGGUCGGGUCGUCGCUCGUACUGAAAAGGUCGAAGAUGAAGUCGCUAUCAUGCAAUAUGUUGCCCAAUAUACAAGGGUCCCUGUCCCAAAGGUCUUGGGAUCUGGAAAGUGUGUGGUUGGCCCAUACAUCGUGAUGGACUACGCUGAGGGCAAGCAGUUAAGUGGGUAUCUUAGACAACCGUCUCAGGAGAUAGUCACACUGCGUUCGAAUAUCAACAUGUCUGUAUUGCGAAGAGCUUAUAUGGGCAUGGCUGAAAUAUUGCUGGAGCUGUCAAAGCCCGAGUUCCCCUUCAUUGGAGCUGUUCGACUGGACGAGACUGGCGAGUGGACGUUCUCCAAUAUUCCGCACAGUAUAUUUGGGCAGCAACACUUUGACAAUGCAGCAGAUUAUUUUGAGGAGCUUGCGCGUCACCAUUUCCAUCAUUUGGAGCUACAGCGCAAUGACGCGGUAACUGAUGAAGCUGACUGCCGGAAGAAGUACAUUGCGCGUUGUCUGUUCCGCAAGUUGUCGCGUGAUAUCUCGAAGGAACACUGCAAAGGUCCUUUCAGGCUAUAUUGCGAUGACCUCCGUCCUGACAAUGUUCUUGUUGAUGCAUCAAGACUGGCUGUCACGGGAGUCAUCGAUUGGGAGUUCACUUAUGCUGCCCCUGCCGAAUUCACAUAUGCGGCGCCUUGGUGGCUCUUACUGGAGAAGCCGGAAGACUGGGAAACUGAUCUGGAUGAAUUUCUGGUGCGUUUUAUGCCGAGAUUUAACACAUUUCUCGAGGUCCUCAAAGAGUGUGAGGCCAAAAAGAUCCAGGACGGUUCCUUGUCACAUUCACAGCAGCUGUCCAUCGCUAUGGAGAAAUCGAUGGAGACUGGAUUGUUCUGGAUUUGUCUUGCUUCACGCCACAGUUCCAUGUUUGAUGAGAUAUAUUGGAAGUUCAUCGAUCCAAGGUUCUAUGGCCCAUUUACAGCAGUCGAAGAUAGACUGGGUCUGCUCAGUGAGGAAGAGCGGGCGAACAUCGACACCAUCAUUGAGCAAAAGAUGCUGCAGGCAAGUGAGGGCACUUUCGUCUCUCAUUACAGCAUUGACGAGUUAGUUGACCUAUGA